UGUUCAGGGCGCGGGUCGGCGGAUGAAGUUCAUGUGUGUACUUGUGCCUUUUGUCUGUGUAGUUCACUUCCACGCGGGAUCGAAUGGAUUGAUUCAAACUCUCUAAACAUGUCGCGCGCGCCAUCAGCCGGAGAAGACUCCGCGCGCUCCGCCUCUUUCACAGCUCUGCUCGCGCGCAGGCCGGUGAAGAGAGCCCGAGCUGAUCUACAGGAGUCAUGUGUGGAGCUGCUGAUGAGACACCAGAACACAUCAGAGCUGCUGCUGGAGAUCACUUCACAUGGUAAAACGAGAAGCACCAGCUGUGAUGGACAUGAAGAGCACAACACGGGCGUCCAGACGUCUGUUCUGGAGGAUGAGCUGCGCAGGCGAUCGGAGCAGAUGGGGGUUCCCGUCGGGCUGCUGUCAGCCAGGGUUUUGCUGGAAAACAUUGAGGAUCUGAUCAGACAGACGGACACAAACACAGAACAUGUGUUACUGAGCAGCAAACAGAGAUCUGACGUGUGUGCCUUACUGAAGUCAGCCCAAGCGCUGGUGUCCGCUGGAUUACUGAGUCCCGAGCUCCUCUGGCAGGAUUACUGGAAGCUUCAGCCCGUGCUGGAGGUGAUUUAUCAUCUGCACACUCACAACAUCCUCACGCUGGACUUCAUGCUGGAAAGAGAUGCAGCUGUGAGAUCAUGGAUCACUGAUCAGCUGAAAGCUUUGUGUGCGUCCAUGAAAACCUCCCCGGAUGACCAUCAGAUACAGCAUCAGAUCCUCUCGGCUGUGGUGUGUGUUCUGGUGCGGAGGGCGUUCGAGGACUCCAGUCAUGAACUCUGUCAGACGUGCUGCUGGAUCCUGGACGCCAUGAUCUCAUGUAAGACUCACAUCACGCUGAAGCACACUGGGACAUGGCUGCUGGACUCACACACGUCAGCCGCUGGCUUCUGGCUUCAGGUGUUUGACGUCUCAGUGUUUGCUGGCUGUGUUACUCAAGACACAGUGCAGCGGUUCUUCACACACACACUCAUGCGUGUCCUUACACACCGACCCGUGUUUAAAGUGUCAGAUGUCAUCGCUGUGCAGAGUGAAUGGAGCUUUGCUAAAACGCUUCCAUUAUUGACGGCUCUUUUUUCGAAGGUGUGUGUUGUGUUCAGUGUGGAGUGUGUGCUGAGUCAGAUGCAGCAGGUCUUAGAGACUCAUGAGGUGAACUGGCGUCACGUUCUCUCGUGUCUGUCUCAUCUGCUGAUAUAUCACGGUCAGACACAGAGCUGCCUCACAGACCUGCUGUCCAGGCUGCUGAGAUCAGCAUUUGACCGCUACGAUGUGGAGAAGAUGAUAACGUUGUUCCUGUUGGCCCGUCAGGCGUCUCUCGAGGGUCCCGCUGUCUUUCCCUCAUACAGUGAUUGGUUUAAAUUGUCCUUUGGUGGCUCCAGCGGUUAUCAUGCUAAAAGCAAGAAGUCCACUGCGUUUCUCCUGAAGUUCCUGUCAGACCUGGUCCCUUAUGAGCCACCACAGUAUCUAAAGGUUCAUGUGAUGCAUCCUCCGUACAUCGGAGGAAAGUAUCGCUCUCUUCUGCAGGAAUACAUCAGCCUUGCCAAGACACGACUGAGAGAUCUGAAGGUCUCGCUGGAGGAGACGGGGAUCUUCGAGGUGGUGAAUGGAUCUGCUGGUGUGGUUGAAUGUCCAGCACAGCAGGAUGUUGAGAAGGCCUUAACCCUUUUCAUGACCACCAGUAAGAUCCCAGCAACAGUGAUCGAGGCCAGUAUUUUUAGGAGGCCGUAUUUCCUGUCUCGAUUCCUCCCUGCUCUCCUCUCUCCACGUGUGCUUCCUGUGAAGUCAGACGCCAGAAUGAUGUUCAUUGAGGCCUUGAGAAAGGCAGAUAAGAUUCCCGCCGCCCUGUACACGUCAUAUACAGAAUCCUGUCAGAGAGAGACGUACAGACAGAAAGAAGGUGUGUUUGAGUCGAGUGAGGACGAUCACCUGCUGGUUCUACAGGAACAGUUCCUUCAUCUGAGGAGAAUGAUGACUGAUGGGGCCACUGACGGGGAUGUUUGUGCUCAGCUGUCCAGGAUCUCUCUGACCUUGAAGAAUGAGCGUGCUGAUGAAGAGACAGGAAGUGAUGUCAUCACACUGAACCGGGAGUCACCUGAUUCAGCACACGCUGCUGUCACCAAUCUGAUCUUACACAGCUUCUGUCUGUGUUUACUGGACGCGUCCAAAGUAAAGCCUCCCAACAGGCAAGGCUCAUGGCCCAGUGUGUUUGUGAAGGUCCUGCUGGCUCACAGGUGGCUGGUCUCAGCUGUGAUACACAGACUGUGGGAUCUGCUUCAGCACCAGGGCAGUGCUCUGAGUGCGGCUCAUGUGUUGGGUCUGGCGGCGCUGCAGGUGGAGCUGCAUCACUGCAGACACAUGUGUCCUCCGCUGCAGCUGAUGGGCUCUUCUGCAGACGCUCUCUCUGUGUCCCAGUGUCUCUCUGAUGCUCUGAUCUGCUCCACACGCUCACACAUGGCCCUCUGCCUCAGGUUCUGUGUGGCCGUUCUCUCUUAUGGGCUGUGCAGAGCCAAUGCUCAGUCAGAAGAACUACACCACUUUAUCCCAGAAACACUUUAUAAAAAGGCUCAGUAUGUGAUGGCCAGACUCGUCCCAGAGACUCGAGCGCACCUGAGUGAGGAGUACGAGUCUGAUCUGCACACCGAUGCGUCUGAUCUCAGCGGGACAGUCCAGGAGUCUGCUGUGGCUCUGUGGAGAAACACACAGAUCAGAUCGCUGAAGAAACAGCCGCAGUAUCAGCUCUCCUUCUCUGAGUGGCUCUCAUCUGAGCUCGGUGUUCAGCGGAGCCGAGACGCACUGACAGACCUGGAGAGGCAGGAGUACGAGCAGUGGGCAUGUGAACAGUAUUAUCUGCACAUGUCUGAACAUGAUGGAGGCUGUGACGGAGACGUCACCCGAAUCUGCGCUCGCAUCAUCACUGCUGUUCUCGACCGACACACAGCGUCACGGACAGCAGGAAGUGCCCAUGAACUCACAGAUGGCUGUCUGCCUGACCUUCUGUCACUCUUACAGACACUGUUGUAUGAAGUGGCGGUUACUGGGCAAAACACAUCAGAUGAGACGGGUCACUUCCUCUGGGACGUGUUUGACAGCAGGUGCUCAGUGACCCCUGACCCCGACAGCAUUGGACAGGAGCUGAGCGAUCAGCAGACGCUUCAGGACGUCAGCCGGGUUCUCGUGCUGGUUCCUCCGGUGAUGCUGCUGACCGUCAGAACCGACCGAACAGGAAGGAGAACUCUGGACUGCCAUCGAAUGAUCAACCACAUCAACCACGUUCAGAGGAGGGCGUGUGGUCCUGCUGCUCUUCUGUCUUUCCAACUCACGGCUCACUUCCUCAAAGCGGUGGUGAGUGGCAGUGUGAGCUGUGAUUGUCCGGCUGACGCAGUGAACCUGUGUCUGUCUCUGUUCCUCACCGAGUGUCCGCUGCUGCUGCUGUCUGCCGCGCGCUGGUGGACGCGUCUGUCGGCCGCCGUCAGCUCACAGUGGAGGCGUUUGACGGGACGGGACGCUCUGCCAGAACAGCUGCAGAUGCUGGAGGACAGCCACAGCUGGAGCAGACGGGCGUGUGUGUCACCUGUGCCGUCGGCUCCGUCCUGGCUGCUGGCUGCAUGUCUGCACGCGUCUCUGAGGAGGUCAGACUGUGAGACGGAGGACGUCAGAAGCCUCGUCACACAGCUGCUCCACACACACAGACCGGUCCUGCUCUUCUUGUUUGUCUCCAGUGUAACGGAGCUGAUCUCUGCUCACCUGAAUCAGCAGGCCGCGCCGUGUUUGGAGCGCGUCAGAGACGUGUGCGUGUGUCUCCUCUCUCAUCUGCUGGAUGAUUCUGAUUGGCUGCUGCUGUUUGAUCAGUCUGGAUCAGAUCACAGACUGUCCCACUUCCUGUCUCGUGUGAUGUCACAGCAGACACUCAGACUGAUGCCGUUUGCCUUUUACAGCAUCCUCAGGGGUGUGGAGUCCGAGGUUCUGCCGGGGACGAGCCGAUCUCCUGGCUUCCUCUACAGCGCGGCCGUGUCCUACAGGGAGCUCAGCAGACUCUUCCUGGACGCUCGGCCCUCGGACGGCCCGCAGCAGCAGGUCCUGCUGGAGGCCCGGCGCAUUCUGAUGAGCAGCAUCUCGCUGAGCUCACCGGGCUGCCUGACGCUCGGCCAGAGGCGGCAGCUGCAGUCUGAAUACGAGCAGCUGGAUUCAGAGAUCUCAGCGGCGCUCGGUGCCCUCACAUGAGACGCCAUCAGA